AUGGGUAUGGCUGUAUGUGGUUCAGGCGUGGGUACAACUCUACUAUCUUAUAUCAUGAACGAAAUCGUCAAUGUAAAGAAAUGGAUCAAGUAUGAAAAUGCAUUGCUCGUUGAAUGUUGUAUUAUCAUUAUUGGUCUUCUAUGUGGCUACCUUAUGCGUCCUCUACCACAAGAACCUAGUGAACAACGGCGUCUAGAACGAAAAAUACGUAAAGAAGGUCAACAAAAAUCAAUGUCAGAAACGGAUGCCAAGGAAGUUGACAUCAUUGAAAAAUCAUCAAACAAAUCUUUGCUUCGUCAAAUUAUCGAACAAAUUGAUCUUAGUCUACUAAAAAAUCCUGCAUUUACAUUGUUUGUUAUAUCGAAUUUUUUUACAAGUCUUGGUUUCAAUGCCAUUUACAAUUUUGCUGAUGAUCUUGCAAAUGAUGCAAAAGUUACCAUACAUCAUCGAUCAUAUAUUGUUAUGUCAAUUGGUUUCUCAAAUAUUUUCGGUCGUAUUACUAUCGGUUUUUUCGGUGAUCAAAAAUGUGUAAAUCGACUUGUGUUUUUCAUUGUAGCAUUGAUUAUUUCUGGUGUUGCUACAAUGGUUGCUCCAUUAUGUGGUGCUUCUGUUUUUCUACAUAUCGGUUAUGCAUCUGCUUUUGGCUUCUUUUCAGGUGGUUAUGUUACUUUAACAUCAAUUGUUCUUAUUGAUCUAGUUGGUAUUAAUAAACUGUCGGAUGCAUUCGGUGUUUUUUUACUUUUUGUUGGUAUUGGUACUGCCAUUGGAACACCAAUUGUGGGUGGCAUGCGAGAUGCUUUUGCUAAGUUUGAUCGACCGUUUCUUUGGCCAUAUUUUAUUUUUGGUACUUGUACUGUUAUCAGUGGUAUCGUACUCUUUGCCAUUCCUGUAUUACAACGAAAAAAGUUAAAUGACAAUCAAAUAGAAAUGGAUGGUAAUACAACCACCACGAAAGGCGAUCUAUCAAACGAAGAACAACAAGAACAAAAUGUUUAAUUUUAUUUGUUAUUAGUCAUCGAAUUAAAUUUUUGACAUAGACAAUAAUAAGAAAAAUAAACUGAAUUCGAAUCAAUAUUUGUGUUGAUUAGUCAAGUUUAUUUUUAUGCUAGAUAUUUUUUGUUGAAAAAAAACGAUAUGACAAAAUUGGACAGGUAUAUUAAUAUUAGAAUAAAAAGCAUUAUUUGUCUAGGGUGUGGAUGUGGGUGUGGAUAUAUGAAAGAGAAUACCAACACCCA